AUGGCAGAUAGUGACGGCCCCAGGGCCUCCUGUAUCAUUGCUGCUGCUGGAGCUGCGGGAAAAGAGCAUAAUGUCGACGAUGACAGCAAGAAGGCCAAGGAGUGGUGGGACGACCGGGAUGGGGACAUCGCUGGGGAGGCUAUGGAUGGGGACGUCCCUGGGGUGGAUACGGCGGUGGCUGGGGUGGAUUCGGUGGCGGCUGGGGAUGGUAGACGUCACACAUCAGCGACACCAUCGCCCCGCUGA